GUGGUGGUGCUGAUUUUGCUCAAACUCAGCAAGAUAAUAAAUGGAUGAUUUGUUUAAGCAGGCGAUAAUAUCUGAGUUGUGUCGACAAGGUGAAGUGGAGAAGCUGGCUUCCAGCAGAUGGCACUGCUUGUUGUUUUCGGGUCGUGAUUUUCCAUGAGCGCAAUAACUACGUCUUCCGGGGCGGGGUGUGCCAUUUGUGCGUGCAUUGACCACAACUGUUUUCCAGUUGGAGGCAAACACAGCUGCUGUUGUUUUCCAGUGUAGCCUGAAUUCUUUCUGUUAGGCAGUGGGGGUUUCGAUAUAAACUGCCGUCUCAUUUUUAAUUUGGAAAGGUAAUAACUUCUGUACGUUUUUGUCUAUUAGGUCAACUGAGAAAUGUUAAUGAUCAUGUAUUUUGAAAUUGCAACUUAAAAGCUAGCGCUAGAAGGCUGACGUUAACUUUGGUGUGUAACAUAGAAAGCUGUCCUUAGCUGUCUGAAACCAGCAAACGAAUAUGAGUAUAUAUGUAUCUUAUGUGUAAGUAUCACUGUAACACAGGUAACAGGGUGAAUUGUUAUUGACUUUGUGGCAACACAAUGUUAAUUAUCAAACGUGUAUUCAGUUGUCAAAGUAUAGAAGCUAAGGGUUGUCUGACUCUUGGUUAGCUUGGAUAGCAAGGUGGUGGUCCUCAAUGUUAGCUAGUCAUCAUGUCUACUUAGAUGUCUACGGUUAUCUAAUGCCAGUUAGACUGACGUUGGCACUCUAUCUUUGCUAUUAUUAACGCAGCGGUAUGAAAGAACGGCUCUGUAGACAUCCUAACGGUGAUGACGGUAGCAUUAGUCAACUAGUUAAUCUGCAGAAGACUGAUGCAUAGAUGUUGUUAACCUAUAAUGUAGCUAUCGCUUUCGUAAGCGAUUCCUGGUGUAGGACCAGAGACGUUACGCUAGCUAACAUGAACUCUCCCUGCCGGACGAGGCUAUAAGGUUAAUACUAGUUUUUAAUGAGCUUACUGUUUCUAGAUUUACAUAUUGCAGCUGUAGCGUUGCCAAAUGGAGGGAGAUGAUUCUGAGUUUCCUCCAGAGUCAUCGGAGCAUUCUCAUUCUCAGAGAGGGAGUGUGGCUUCCUCUGUCACCCGAGCCCAAGAUGUGCUUGUCUAUUUGGUGACUGAUAGUGCUGUGCACUUAUGCGUGGAUGGUGUUGGCUGUGUGAGCGUGCAGGAAAUGGGGCGUAGUGUCCGAGAAGCCCUAAACACCCCAGACUCUGUCCAAGACGCCUUUGCCUUCUGGCUCUGCUCUCCUCUGCUGGAGUUGCAGUUGAAACCAAAGCAUCAGCCUUAUAAACUGUGUCGGCAGUGGCAGGACCUGCUUUAUCGCUUCACAGAGGCUUCAGAUGACGACAUUGCUCAAGAUGAGCCUUGUCUGCAAUACAGGAGAAAUGUUUUCUACCCCAAGUCAAAAGAACUUCAGAUCAAGGACGAGGGGGUGUUGAGGCUUCUCUACGAUGAGGCUCGCAUGAACAUCCUGGAGGGACGGUACCCAUGUGACCCAGAGCACUGGUUAUCACUAGGUGCAUUGACCUGUGCCAUAGAGCUCGGCACUGGCCUCGAAGAACAGCAGGUCAUCGCAGCCAUCAGGGAGAAGAAGCUGUCGUCCUUCCUGCCCAGCCAUCUGCUGGUGGGCGGGGGUUUUCUGUCGACCCUGCGGGGAAAGGGGGGUCGGCAGGCCGAGCUGGAGCAGAGUCUCCUGAAGGAGUACAACUCCCUGAGCCCCAACCAGGACCCCACUCAUCACCUGAGACAGUACCUCAGCAUCUGCCACACACUGCCUUACUACGGUUGCGCUUUCUUCUCAGCGGGGAUCGAUAAGCCAGCCCAGGGAAUCCUACACAGAGGAGGACGCAAAGCUGUCACAGUGGGCAUCAGUCUGGAGGGCGUUUAUGUCAUGGAUGUCAAAGAGAAGCAUGUACUCCUGGGCUUGCGCUUUAAUGAGCUGUCCUGGGACCACAGCUACCCCGAGGGGGAGGGAGACUCGCACAUCCUCUGGCUGGAGUUUGAUGGGGAGGAGGCAGGGACUCCUGUCAACAAACUACUGAAGAUCUACUCUAAACAGGCGGAGCUGAUGAGCGGCCUGAUCGAGUUCUGCGUGGAGCUGCGCUCGGCCGGCGAAGCCGCUGCGUCAGGCACGGACGGCGAGGUCGCACCCGCCCAGACACCACCUGCAGGCCAGGAGGGCACCACGGAGCGGGCGCGGGGGAACCGGCGAGGGAAGCUGCGUCGGCAGAGCAGCGUGGUGUGCAGCCGUGUGCACUCGCUCAACACCAUCAGCUACGUGGACGACGGUAAAGAAAUCAAGCGCCUCAAACCAAAAAGGGCUGCGUCCUUCUUCACGAGGCAGGCCCCACCUCAGGACUAUGCGGCGGUGCAGGUGGCGGAGAGUUUGGAACAGGGUUGAACCCCCAGGUGCCUCUACUACUGCCACCACCCGACCAAAUCAACUGCUGCAUGUCGACACCCAAGGGAGAGGAAUCCAGAGUUGGAGUGACUAAUUUAAACUGGACCAAGUUUGUUUAUGUUUUGUGUUUUUUCUUAAUGGAGAAAAAGUGGAAUACGGUAGGUUAAAAUGUUAACUCCUCGUGGUAGGUCGAAAACCACUUCCCUGAAAGGGAACCUUGUAUAAAGUAACCAUGCCUUAUCUAGGUCAGUGAAGCAGGAACAGCCGUAUGUCAAGGGGGAAAUGAAAAUAAACCAUAAUUUGAACCUAAUUGGAAAGACAUCAUGGUUAAGAUGUCAGAUUAAAUUUUCAUGGUCACUUUUCAUGGCCACAACAAAUGCUCAGCUCAUAAGGUAUUCGGUAGUUUGUAGAACUUUUUCGGUAAACAUUUCUUUCUUCCUUAAAUAUCUUAAGGCAGUCCUCAAAAGAACAACAAUGACCUUGAUGGCUGUUCACUGUGAAUGUAGUUUUCCAUUUUCUUCUCGGCCGAAUUAUGCAACAUUUACAAACAGGGAACUCCAACCGUGACCUCUCUGACCCCCCCUCUGCACCAAAGUUAACUGUGCCUCAUGUUCGCGGCUGCUUCCUAACCCUCACACUCAAAUCAGGUGACCCUGGACAUUAAAUCAGGACGAGGACCUUUCUUACAUCCUUACAGAAAACAAAAAAAGAUGGAGUAGUCAACAUUAAACUAUCUACCCUGAAUGAAAUCAAGGCUCCAAUACUCCAGUGUCUCUGGCAGUGAUAUAUUUUGGUAAUGUAUCAUGGGCUUUGUGGGGGGAAAAGAACCUCUGUCAAAUGUACUGUAUUCCUUCCUGUAUAGGUGAAAUCACAGUGCACAGAACACGGUCAAUGCUGUUGCAAUCAGAAGGAUACAAUCUUUAUACACUGUUUAUCUUUCCUCUACAUUCUGAAAUAUAUGGAUUGUCAUAAAGCCACGCUAUCAUUUGCCUUUAUCUAUGCAUGAUGUUCGGCUGAAGCAAAAGGAACUGUAGACGGUUAAUGAGUUAGCAUGUACAUACACAUAUAGCAUCUUCACCCCAUCAUCACUUUUCAGACGAGGCUUGAGAAGAACGCGUAAAGGAGUGGGGUACAUUGUACUCCUCUGUGGUACCUCUGGACACUGUAUAAUAUAUCCAAAACAACAACAAUCAACAACAAUGUUGGGCCUUGGCCAUUCCUGCAUGUGCCAACAUUUGAAUGAGAUUUGUGGAACCACAUUGCUUUACAAAUACGCUUUUUGGAUAAACGUCGAGUUUAAAGUGCCUUUUGUGUUUUUAACCAACUGCAGCUGAUACCAUGAAUUUCAGAUUAACAGUAUAACUGUUUUGUGUUUGUGCAUUGUAAUACAUAAUCCCUUUACGGUUUCCGUUCAUUCUUCUAGUUUUAUAUUACUAACACUUUUGACUUAAUAGAAUUCAAUAAACAAUGUAAUGUGCACUACCGAAGUUCAGUGACUGUAAGGUUUGUAAAAAAAAAAAUUAUAUGCAGCAUUCAUUUUUUUAUUCCUGCUUUGUACUAACAGUCUCACACUUCAAUUAUCAACCAAUAAUAAUGUAUACUAUAGAUUUUUUAUUAUAAAUGUUUUAUUUAAAAAAAAUGUUGUUUAUGUGGUUCUGAUGUAUUGAACAUAAAUAAAAAAUCAUUUAUGGCA